CGCCACCGACUCCAAGAUGGCGGUGACUGACUUGGAGUCCGUGCUCUAGAGCCCCGUUUACUUUCAUUUCUCCCCACGCGGCAAAAUAUGACCGCAGCGGCCGCUGGAGGGUAUCAGCGGGAUGAGUCGGCGGAGGAAACAUGGGGACAGUCCCGCGGCGAAGAGCACGCCGCGCCGAGCAGCAGCGACCGAGGAGGGCAUGGCGGCGGGCUCUUCCUCCAGGCCGCGGCGGCGGCGGCGACGGGAGCAGCGUCGGGAGGACGGGAAGCCGGAGGAAAGGUAUGAAACACCAAGGAGAGUGCUGAAAAUGGACUUACCAUGCACCUUCAGUUCUCCAAAUGAUCAAGAUGGACAAAAUGAUAUUUUUUGGGACCAAAAUUCUCCAAUGACAAAACAGUUAGGUAAAGGGAGAAAACACCAGACACCUCUCUCAGAUAGUGAUGAGAUCUCACAUAUAGUCGAUCGCAUUGCCCCUCAGGAUGAAAUACCAAUGGCAGACUCCAUGCUGGGAGUGUGGAUUGGAGCAACUGCGAUCCCUUCUACUCCCAGUGUAGCCAAAGAGCAGUCCAGAGCUAAAAUGAGCUGCACAAAGUUAAAAACACAAAAUCGAGAAAAAGAACUUAUGAAAUUGGCUGAACAGUUUGAUAAGAAUAUGGAAGAGCUAGAUGUGGUUCAGGAGCAACACAAGAGAAACUGUGGUUCUGUCCAGACAGCCUCAGAAACAGAGACUUUUCAUGACUAUAAAGAAGAUGUGCAGAAGCAGUCAUGUGAUAUAGUUCCUAGUGAUGUCAUAGUGAAGCCAGUGAGAGGAAAUGCCAGGAUAUCUGUGGCCGACGUCUCAGACAGCCAUCAGAAGCUGUUGGACCCGAGUGCCGAAGCAGCCUUUCGUGCCCUUUUUGACGGUUCUACUCAGAAGUGCAGUGGGCAGUUCAGCCAAGGUAUGUCAGAUGCUUCACUGAAUAACAGUGACACUGCUUUUGGAAAGAAAAGUGUUUGGAAAGAAGAGAAAAACAUUGCAAAUGAAUCUUUGGUCACUGAAAACCAGCCAAAUAAAAACACAUCUCUUUGUCCACAAGUAGAUGGUGUGACAGUGUCAGUGUCUCAUGUGACUCCCUGUACCAAGCAGCCAGACUCUAAUAAGCAUGCCGAUGUGUUUACUUCAAGUGAUUUUGAAGAGGACUGGGAAAGCUUAUUAGGUAAUGAACCUUUUGUGCUAAAUACUGAGAUGCUCAACCUGUUCCCUUCUGCCACUGCCCAAGUUCCUGAUCAUCAGGGAUUUUGUACAGUUUUUGGUAAAAAGGAUAAAGAUAGAAGAACAAAUACUAAUCUUGAGGACAGACUAAGAAAUUCAAGAAUAGCACAAGAUCUUCCUUCAAACAUGAAUAAUAGACAGCUAAUAGAUGAAGGAAACAGAUCUCUGCCAAGUCCAAAUGAUAAACCGAGCAAGUUACCAUUUAACAGAAAUAAAAUGAAGUUUGAGAAACCUGUCAAUAAUGUUACUCAAGAUGAAAUUCAAGGCUGUGUGACUGUGUCUAACCUGACAAAGGAAGACUGUCACCUUAGCCUGACUUCUAAUGCACAUGCUGUAGAUAGAUCUGGUUUGGACACAAGAUGUACCAAUGAAAAGAAAUCCGGGCUCCAUUUUAAUCAGUCUUCUAAAUCAUCUGCUAGUACUGACUCCCGUGGCUUUGCAUCUUUGAGCAGUGAAGCCAGUGUUGGUAACCCAGACCAGACAAAUGCAUCCAAGUUAGGUUCUGUCCUUGAUGACUGGAAUGACCCAUCAUUUGCUAAUGAAAUUAUUGAAGCAUGCCGCCAGUUAGAGACUACCUGGGACGCAGGUGAUGUAGAUGAUGAUGUGCUGUAUCAAGCAUGCGAUGAUGUUGAAAGACUAACUCAGCAAGAAAACGUAAAGGACCACAAGGUACCAGGAAGUACACUUGAGAGCAGUCCUCACUCCCCGCACGGAGCCGGAAGCACGUCUGCCGCAUUGAAGCAGGGAGGCCUUCUGAUGCUCUCAGAGCCUUCGGGUCUUGGCAGCAUUUCAGUGCAGACGUCUUUGACAAAUAAAUCCCAAAUAUAUAAGUCUAUGAAGAUGGCGAAAAAGGAACCAGGUAGAAAUUACCAAGAUUUUUCGGGUGCUCCAAGAAAUGUGUCUGUGUACUCUCAGAAUUCAAGUGACCAGACCAGUAACCUACAGAAGUCUUGUAAUAGCCUUGCUGUUUCAGUACAAAGGAACAGCCCAAAGUCAGCUGUUGCAGAAAGUUCAAGUUUGAGCAUUAGACCGACUCUCAUGAAUACAGAACUUGCUACUAAUAAGAAAUUUAUUGCUCAGCAAUUACCUCAUAGCAUCCUAGCAGAUAAAGCUCAGAGUAACCUUAACAAAACUGGAAGAUUUUCAAAGUUUACAUUUACAAAAAUUAAAAGUCAGUUUCUUUCUCAGUUCAACCAAGAUUGUAUAGCAGGAAGUAUCCCUGCUACCAGAACUACUCAAGAUUUAGAGAAAAAGACAGCUGACAGCCCAUUACUUGGAAAGGCUGAUGAGCAGCAGUCUUUGGUAAAGCGUUCUCUGUCUUGGAAGAACCCUUCUAGAGAGGAAGAAGAGAAAAACAGAAAGUGUUCCCCUGAAGAAAUUCAAAGAAAAAGACAGGAAGCACUGGUUCGAAGAAUGACCAGAGCACGGACGUCAUCUGCAAACUCGGCUCCUACAUAGUUUCUAUGAGAGAAUUUUAGAAGACUUCACGACUUCUGAUAACUAUCUACGAUAGUUUUUAUUUUACUUCUCUAUGAGAAAUUUAAUUUCAACUUAUAAAGCAUGGACUUCUACUUUAUUAUUUAAUAAAUCACUGUAAAUGAAACCUUU